AUGGUGAUCAAGAGGAGGAGAUGGAAUGGAAGGGCGGAGGGAAAGAUACAGGGAGGACCAGCCAAGACGGGAAAAGCAGCCAAAAGAGGGGGGAAGAGACUAGACCACGUGCGCUCACCUGACCGGACUAAUGAGUACAAAGAUGUUGAAGGUUACUUAAUGAUGAUUUUAGGUUAUCCCGGGGCGACGGGUCAUGGCGGGGAUUCCCAAGGACUGACAGGCCCAGCUGACCACUGGGGAUGGAGAGAGUAUUGGGUGAAAGUAUGCGAGGGUGGCCAUGAGGUACUACUAGCUACUAUGAAUAGCCCGGCCGCCGUGAAUCGACCAGACUCGGCUUAUCUUUCCAUCGACACACACCGGAGAUAUGUGACAGUCGACGGGGAGAGUGGCAGAUCCACCCUUCGCUGCUUGCUCUCCAUCCAGGGAAGAGACGAUAGUAAGUGA